AUGGUUUCUCUGAAAAAUCGAGGUGGGGGCCAAUGGGGGUCUUCCUCCAACGGCAGCUCACGGUCUUCAUCUAGGCCAAGGGAAAAGUGCUCAGAAGAGGAAAUACGGCGAGCGGAGCUCCUUGGCUCCGCCUGGCUGCAGCGUUACCGGCAGAUAGAAGGCACAAGUCUGCUGCCAUCAGUAGAACCCUUGGAUGAGCUAUUGCUGGGCCUUGACUUCUUCGAGGACCUGAGGGAAGAAGACGUCCGCGCCUUACCUGCAGACCCUUCCAGAGGAGGUCAUGCAGAGGAGAAGGACCAAGGCGAGGACGAAGAAGGCUCAAACGUUGGAAAUGAAGAAAAUGACACUUCUGCUGAAGCCAGUAACCCAUGUGGCGAGCCCAAACAAACUGAUCACAGUACAGACGAAUCACACAACAGAACGCAGCACCUACGGGCGAUACCUACAGUCAUACCGAACGAGAACGUCUACGUUGGCUUUUUCUUUCCUCUGUUCCUUCAAGAGGCAAAACAAGCCCUUGCUAGAGCCAUCAAGGUCGACCUGGGGCCACCGGAGGACUUUAUACAGCAAAGCGGCGAGCCUCGCGGUUCUCUUCUCUCUCUGCAUCUGAGCCGAACUGGGAGCGCUGCAGCGGCCUCUGAAUCGGUAUGCCGGUAUUGCCACGGCGACUUGGUCUUGAUGUACAUUCCAGCAGCAGCAGCUGACACAAAUGAGGCGAAGGCGGCGCAGCAAAAAGACAGCAGCAAGGAAGCAACCCAAGACGCCUCUGCGAAGGAUAAUGCAACUGCCGACAGCGGAAAAGCGGAUGAGACUGAUGAGGCGCAGGUGCAGCCAACGUGUAAACCUUUGAAGGCGAGGGAUUUGGACUGUCAUGUUCUCGCGGUUGUGUCCCAGGGUCAGCACGAGUCUAUUACUGUUAAACUCCUCACGCCUCUGGGGCCCGCCUACAGUGGCAGAACUGUGCAUGGAGUGGAAGGAUCAUCGGACUCCGCAGAAGUGUACAACCCAGCCACAGGCCGUCCCUAUGGAUUUUUACUUCCCAGAGAGAGGCAGCGCUUGGUGAAGCUGGUGAAGGCACUGAACGCUCAGUUCACCAGGUGGACGGUGCAGCGAAUCAUGUCCCUCACAACUCUAUACAGAGAGUUCCAGGGAUUGAUGUCCUUACCUGAUCUUCUGCUAAAAGACAGUCUCUUCCGAUUGGCGCCGACGGGCCCAUCGUCCCAACGGGAAUCCGGCAAAAAUAAGCUUCUUGGUCCCCUAAACAACCCUCUUUUGGAAAGUAACGAAGACAACAGUGAGACACUACAGGGAGAUGAAGAAGAAGGGGAAGCUGCUGCUCCUCCUGUAGCCAUGGCCUCUAGUGAUGCGCCACCAGCCACCUCCGAUGUGCCUGGCACAUUGUCCGCCUCGCCUCCUUCAAGAAAGAGUGAAGUAUCCGCUGACACUGCAGAAGAGCUAGCUGACGAUAAGCCACAGCAAAACGAAAAACGCCUUGUCAUUCCAAAGGCUCUGCGAGAGCGUUUAGAGAGCCUGUACAACGCAAGUCAGCUUGCUGCCCUUGAGGAUUCCCUUAAGGUUGAAGGGGUCACCCUAAUUCAGGGCCCCCCAGGCACUGGAAAGACGUCCACUAUUGUUGGAGUUGUUUCUGUCAUCCUUCACGCCCAGUUGGAAGGGCAGCAAGACCAUAAGUCGGGCCUUCCUAGCAAAGAACGCAGCACUGCGGAGGAAAAAAUGCAGGUCCAGGAGGUGAAAGCAAAAGGGACAACAUCGUCUUCUUUAAAACGUCGUCCAUGGCUUCAGCCAAACUACACAGCUUGGAUGGACCUGGACGAGAUCACUUUAGAAGACCUUGACAGCCGGAUGUUGCUGCAGCCGGCAGCAAUGCCAACUGAGCCGCCAAUUAUUCUUACAAGAGAGCGUCAUGAACUGCAACCGGUGUAUGUUUACAUGUACUCGCGCAUUUUGGUUUGUGCGCCUUCAAAUGCUGCCAUUGACGAGAUUGUAAAGCGUCUUACGGCAGAUCCAGAGUCCGGUGGCGGAAUAUUUGAUGGGAACGGUCAAAGAUUCUCUCCUUCUGUCGUGAGAGUCGGGCCAAAUGUACACCCUGACCUGCUGCCGCACAGCCUGCAGUACAAAGCUCUACAGAGACUGAAGUCCAGAGGGGCAACUAAUUUUGCUGCCCUAUCAGCUGCGAAGGCGGACGUCCUGCGCGACAGCGUAAUUGUUUGUGCGACAAUCUCCGUUUGCGGCUCAAACGACUUGACGUCGCUUGCAGAUUGUUUCGACACGGUGGUUGUAGACGAGGCCUCUCAGGCUGUUGAACUGGCGACACUUAUCCCACUCAGACUUGGGUGCAGAAGGCUCAUUCUUGUCGGUGACCCAAAACAACUGCCCGCCACCAUUUUCUCGAGGGUCGCCAUUCAGCUGCGCUAUGAUCGAUCACUGUUUCAACGUCUGGAAGGGGCGGGCCAGCCAACCAAUAUGCUGAGCCAGCAGUACCGCAUGCAUCCAGCGAUCUCCCGCUUUGCUUCGGUUUCCUUCUACGAAGGACUCUUGAAGGAUGCUCCUCACUUACCCAAUGGCCUUUGGACCCCCUUUCCUUUCUGGCACCGAUUGCCAAUCCUCCAGCCUCUUGUUUUCUUCAACCUCGACAGCGAUCACACAGAGGAGCAUACAUCUUUUGUCAACUACACAGAGGCAGAUUUCGUGCGGCAGCUUGUUGAUUUUUUGCGCCGACUGUUUAUAGCCUCUGGCCACGCCAAAUGGGAGCACCGGCUGGCGGUGAUCAGCCCGUAUGCUCAACAGGUUGUCCUACUGCGCCGAACAAUCAAAGCUUUGCUUGGAGUGUCUGAAGGGAAAUCCUGCCCAGUAGAUGUGAACACUGUAGACGGCUUCCAGGGCCAAGAAAAAGACUUCAUAAUUUUCUCAGCCGUUCGCGGAAUUCGUAGUGACAGGGAGGAGGCGAAAAAAGGUACCGUUGGCUUUCUGGGAGACAUGCGACGCCUGAACGUGGCCGUGACGAGAGGUCGUGUGAAUCUUUGGAUGGUUGGCAAUGGCUGCUUCUUAAGAAGAGAUAAGACGUGGGCUAGGCUGUAUGCGUAUGCUAAAGACCGUCAUGCGCUUAUAUCUAUUAGUCGCCGCAAUGCGCAACACUCUGCUAUCCUCACUAGAUGGGUCCUCAAGUACUGCAAGACGCAUCAUCGAGAUAGGAAGUUGCUUGAGGAGCACGCGCCUAAAUUCUUAGCGGAACUGUCAGAGAGUUUGAAGGCAAUGAGGGAACGGAAACAGAAACGAGGGGGCAAGGAAGAGGAGGAGCCGGCCGACGAGCUACAAACGGAAGGUCCUAUCAGUUGGGAGCAGCCCGUCGAUGACCCUGAUGCCGAAGAAGGCGCUGCAGUAACUGGGGAGAUGACAACCUUCCAUGAUGUUGCAGAUGAAGGCUGUCUUGACGAAGUUGCUGUGCACAUGCGCGAUGAGACCCUCAAGACAGCCGUAGACGCGGAAGCGCAACAGAAUCCGGUACAAACAGAAUCAAGCGCGAAUCUGGCAGAGGCUAACACUGCUCAAGAUUGA